GGGCGAAUUGGAGACACCUAAUUAAUCGCUAUCGAUUGGUCGGUUGCUGAAUCUUGAAAUUUUGGAUUUUUUUUACGUUUCCUCCGAUUCAAUAAGAUAUGUCUGAGUCAUUGCCAACCAAACUAGUAAAGAUCUUGGACUGCAAACAAGGAGCAGUUCGGGCAGUGCGCUUCAAUGUAGAUGGUAAUUACUGCAUGACAUGCGGAAGUGACAAGUCCCUUAAGCUUUGGAACCCCGAAAGAGGACUUCUUUUAAAGACCUACUCUGGCCAUGGCUAUGAAGUGCUUGAUGCCCGUGCAUCUAUUGACAAUGGUCAUCUGUGUUCUUGCAGUGGAGACAAGACUGUUGUCCUUUGGGACGUAGCCAGUGGGAAGAUGAUGCGUAAAUACAGAGGACAUGCUGCAAGGGUCAACUGCGUGUGCUUCAAUGAAGAUUCUACUGUUAUAUUUUCAGGCUCCAUCGAUGCUACUGUGAAAUCUUGGGACUGCCGAUCAAGGAAGUUUGACCCCAUUCAGACUCUAGAGGAAGCAAGGGAUAGCAUCACUUCAAUCCAGGUCACCGAUCAUGAGAUUCUAACGGGGUCUGUCGAUGGAAAGGUCAGGAGAUAUGACCUUAGGAAUGGAAAGAUGCAUGCUGAUUGUAUAUCAAAGCCAGUUACCUGCGUCUGCUUCACCAAAGAUGGUCAAUGUAUGCUAGUCUCUUCCCAAGACUCAACUCUCAGGCUUCUAGACAAGGACAAUGGAGAAUUGCUUGGAGAAUACCAGGGUCACAUCAACAAAGACUACCGCAUCGAGUGCUGCAUGAAUGAGACCGACACCCAUGUAGUCAGCGGGUCGGAAGAUGGAAGGAUCUGCUUCUGGGAUUUGGUUGAGGGCUCAAUGACCUCAACGAUCGAGAAGGCUGGUAAGAAUGUGAUCCCCACACUCUCCUUCCAUCCUGAAGAACCAUGUCUUCUAUCAGCCUCUGAAGGACUGGUCAAGGUUUGGAGGCAGCAGUCUUAUACUGAAGAAGAUGACCAAACAGGAUGAAGAAAUCAGUCAUACCGUCUAGACCAAUUGUAUGAUUGUUUAGAGAAAAGAGAUGUUAUCACCCCAAUCUGUUGGAUGAUGUUGUGAUGACUAUGUCUCUCACCAAAAUCUGAAGAAGUUGUGAGGGUUUUGAGGUAAAGAAGAAAAUGAACAAAUAUGAUGAAGAUAUCACUAGAUUGCACUUUCUUAAUUUCUUGUUCAUGAGUACCAUCCCUGCUAUCAAAAGGUUCUACCAUUUUGAUUUAGAGGCAGUAUUCUUACCAUGUUUUCUGAAGAUUAUUAGGUAAAAUGGACAGAUCAAGAGAUGUCAUUACUCCAAUGGUUGGAUCAUGUUGUGAUGGAUAUGUCUUCUAUCGGCCUCUGAAGAACUUGCCAAAGUUUGAAGGCCGCAUCUUAUGCAGGAGAAGAUGACCCAAGAGGAUCAAGGACCUGAAGAUCAAACCAUCUUGAUGUGUUUGUUCAUAAGUAACAUCACUGCUGUCCCUAAUUCAUGUACCAUUGUUUAGAGGCAGCGGAUGUCACCACCCUAAUCUGUUGGAUCGUGUUGUGAUGACUGUAUCUCCUCCAGCAUCUGAAGAAUUGUCAAUGUUUGGAGGCCACAGUCUUAUGAAGAAUAAUAUUAACAAAUAUGAUGAAGAUAUCACGAAAUGGAUCACUAGUGACAUCCAUGUUUUCCGUCUCAGAAGAAAUUACUUUUGUUUUGAGGAAUUAGUCUUACGUUUUAUGAAGAUUAACAAA